AUGAUAGUCAACAAAAAGCAAUUGACUAUCAGGUUUCAUGUUGAUGAUGUGCUAGCGAGCCACAUGGAGGAUCUCUUUACAUGGAUAAACGAGAGAUACGGGGGACUAAAGGAAGUGACCUGCACACGGGGACGAGUUCGCAACUAUCUGGGAAUGACAUUGGAUUAUUCAAAGAAAGGAAAGCUGAAGAUUCGAAUGGACGAUUAUGUUCAAAGAAUGCUCGACGAGUUUUCUGUCAAGUUUAAAGAGGAUGACAAACAGGAAACACCUGCUGGCAAUAAUUUGCUGGAGGUAGGAAAAGGAAAAAUAUUGGAUAAAGAUCAACAGACCGAGUUUCAAAGGUUUGUUGCAAAACAUUUGUUUUUGACCAAACACGCGCGUCUGGAUAUGCAUCCGACGGUGGCAAUUUAG